AGACGAUGCAUUCUUCUCCUCCUCUCCCGCCUCUUUCCUUCACCCCCUCCACAUGAUCUCUCUCUUUCUUUACUCCAAAACAGAUUUCAAUAAUUAAUCUCAACACCAACAAAUUCUAUUUAAGCCGUCCAUCCUCCCAUUCUUUUUAAAUCGCCCGUCCUCUGCAUUGUCAGAUCAGUGAAAGCCAUUUGAGAUUUUCCUGUGCCUUUGCGGAAGAAGAAAACAGGGGAAGUUACCAUGGCCAGAUUUAUCUCCGUUCUCGAUUUGAAGGCUUUCUCUCGACUUUGCAGUCAUGAUUUUGGCUUUGGAAAUAUAGCCAGGAGAGAAUACGGCGCCAUAGCAGGCAAAAUGGAGUUACGAGGAGGGAAAGGGGAGGCAAAAGAGGCAGAGGAGAAGAGUAGGCAGAGAAGUUGGAUGCCUCACCCUGUUACUGGCUAUUAUUUACCAGAGGACCAUUUUGGGGAUAAUAAAGAUGUUCCCCUGCAAAGGGAAAGUAAAUUGAAAUACAAUACUCUUCCCUCUCGCCCAAAAAAUUGAUUUCUCAAGAUUGAGAAUUCUCAUGUUCCUCAUCUGUAGGAGAUGCUUUCAGUCACAAGCUCUAAUUUAACAACGCUUCAAUCUCAAAGUGCAAUGAUAAUUGGAGUUUGAAUAGA